UGAACAAGUUAAUUACAAGAGAAAAUCGCAGAUUAAGAAAUGUCGAUUAUCCCAACGACGAACCCCCUGGAGGAAAACUCUUCCCUUGCACUGCCACAACUGUCACGGGAGGACCCCUUGUUCGUGAGCAGAGACGUGGAUUGGAAGGAGACGGCAGAAGCGCACGUGUUCAGGGCUGAUAUGACGGGUCUGAACAAAGAGGAGGUGAAGGUUGAAGUUGAAGAAGGCGGUGUGCUUCAGAUAAGCGCCGAGCGGAGCGUACAAAGGGAAGAAAAGAACGGUGAUGCCACGCACCGCGUCGAGUGCGCCACUGGAAGAUUCUCCAGGAGCUUCACUCUUCCUGCUAAUGCUAGAAUGGAUCAGCUCAAAGCUUCCAUCGACAAUGGGGUUCUAACUGUCACUGUCCCCAAAGACGACCUCAACCUAUUGCAUGCUGUUUCCAAUUGACUGCACCAAACUCUCGCUCUUCGUUUUUGCUGGAUUUGAAUUUCAUUCUUUGCUUCCUUUUUUGUUUGUUUGUGGAGUUAGAAGAAAGAAAUAAAUGUGUUUGUGUUA